AUGUUCUUUUCUUUCACGCAGCCUUUCUUCAGACUUCUUAACCUCCGGAAGCUCGGCCUGAGUGACAAUGUCAUCCAGAGACUUCCACCAGAGGUGGCCAACUUCAUGCAGCUCGUGGAACUGGACAUUUCUAGAAAUGACAUCCCUGAGAUCCCGGAGAGCAUCAAGUUCUGCAGAGCUCUGGAGAUCGCAGACUUCAGUGGAAACCCUCUCUCCAGAUUACCAGAUGGCUUCACGCAGCUCCGUACACUGGCUCACUUAGCGCUGAAUGACGUGUCUUUGCAGACGCUGCCCAACGACAUCGGAAACUUGGCCAACCUCGUAACAUUAGAACUCAGAGAGAACCUGCUCAAGUCACUCCCCACGUCACUUUCCUUCCUGGUGAAACUGGAACAGCUCGACCUCGGCAGUAAUCAACUGGAAGUAUUGCCUGACACUCUUGGAGCUUUGCCGAACCUGAGAGAGCUAUGGCUGGACCGCAACCAGCUGUCUGCAUUACCUCCAGAGCUCGGGAAUCUCCGGAGGCUGGUGUGUUUGGACGUGUCGGAGAACCAUGUGGAGGAGCUGCCCACAGAGCUCAGCGGCCUUAUCGCUCUGACAGACCUGCUGCUCACACAGAACCUUCUGGAUGUGGUCCCAGACAGCAUAGGCUCCAUGAAGCAACUGUCCAUCCUGAAGGUGGACCAGAACAGACUGACCCAUCUGACCGACUGCAUAGGGGAGUGUGAAAACCUCACGGAGCUGGUCCUGACAGAAAACCUCUUACAAUCACUUCCUCGCUCACUGGGCAAGCUAAAGAAGCUGACCAACCUGAAUGUAGACCGCAACAGACUAAGUGGUAUUCCCAAAGAACUAGGGGGUUGUGCCAGCCUUAAUGUCCUCUCACUCAGAGAUAACCGCUUGGCCAAACUGCCUGCUGAGCUUGCAGAUGCCACUGAGCUGCAUGUCCUGGAUGUGGCUGGGAACAGAUUACAAAACUUGCCUUUUUCUCUAACUAACCUCAACCUCAAGGCCAUGUGGCUGGCAGAGAAUCAGUCACAGCCGAUGCUCAAGUUCCAGACGGAAGACGAUGAUAAAACCGGAGAGAAGGUGUUGACCUGUUACUUGUUGCCGCAGCAGCCGUCUCCGAGCCUCGAGAACCUGCUGCAGAACAGUGUGGACGACAGCUGGACCGACAGUAACCUCAACAGAGUGUCGGUCAUCCAGUUUCAGGAGGAGACCAAAGCCGAGCCGGAGGACGACGAUGACGCAGCGAGAAAAGGCCUUCAGCGCAGAGCCACACCACAUCCCAGUGAGUUAAAGGUGAUGAAGAAGGUCAUUGAAGAGAGGAGGCAUGAGGCGUACACGUCCAAAGCAGACGGAGAAGACGACGACCCAGACUCUUAUGAGAAGCGGCUGAGCGACGUCUCCAACCAGAGCCACGACUCCCAGGUGUCCAACAGCACCGCGUCCGCCACGUCCCACGAGGAGAGGGCCGCGGUCCCCACUGCGCCCCACAGGGACCUGGUGGACGGGCACCGGGAGGAGCUGGACGAGAUGGAGGUGGAGUACAUCGAGCCGACGGUGCAUUUUGCAGAAGAGCCCAUGAUCCGGGCCGUGGAAGCCGAUGAGGAGGACGGCGAGGUGGGCAGCAACGAGGAAGACGAGCGGCCCAUGUUCCCCGCCGAGAAACAGCGGCUCAUCAGGAAGGACACGCCGCACUACAAGAAGCACUUCAAAAUCAACAAACUGCCCAAACCGGAGACCGUGGCCGCUCUGCUCCAGGGCUUCAGUCCGGACGGCCUCAACGCCGCAAACCAGACUCUGGACAAUAACCGGGAUGAGGAUGAGGAAGAGGAGGAGGAUGAGGACAGGGAAGAGGAGGAGGAGCCAUGUUUUAUCACCCCGCAAAAGAAUCAAAGGAUAGACAAGGAAGACUGUAGGAACUAUGUGAACUCCAGUCAAGUGAAGGGGGUGUCAUUUGAUCAAGUCAAUAAUCUGCUGAUUGAACCUGCUCGAAUUGAGGAGGAAGAGCACAACCUGACCAUCCUGCGGCAGACGGGAGGCUUAGGGAUCAGCAUCGCCGGGGGAAAAGGGUCCACGCCUUACAAAGGAGACGAUGAGGGAAUCUUUAUAUCUCGAGUAUCCGAAGAAGGGCCUGCUGCUAAAGCCGGUGUUAAAGUGGGAGACAAGCUGCUAGAGGUGAACGGGGUGGACCUCCACGAAGCCGAACACCACACAGCGGUGGAAGCUCUGCGCAGUUCAGGGACUUCUGUUUCCAUGACGGUGAUCCGGGAGCACAUGGUGGAGCCGGAGAACGCCAUCACCACCACUCCGCUCAGGCCGGAGGACGACUACUUCCCCCGGGAGAGGCGGAGCAGCGGCCUGGGCUUCAACCUGGACAGCACCCUCAGCGGCCCCCGGCAGCGCCUCAACACAUGCCUCAUCCGCAACGACAAGGGCCUGGGCUUCAGUAUCGCAGGAGGGAAGGGCUCCACGGCAUACAAACAAGGAGACACCGGGAUUUACAUUUCUCGUAUUGCAGAAGGCGGAGCAGCACACAGAGACAGCACUUUGAAAGUCGGUGACCGGGUCCUCUCUAUCAAUGGUGUAGACAUGACAGAGGCCAGGCAUGACCAGGCAGUAGCGCUCCUUACCGGUACCUCUCCCACCAUCGCUCUGGUGGUGGAGCGAGACCUCAGCCCGCCCUCUCCAGGACAGAACCGAGCCCGCGCCCACUCCCCUCCGCCGCCAGAGCCCUCGGACUCUCCCGACCAGGACGAGCAGGGCACACACCUGGGCCGCCUGGAGGACGAGUACCCGAUCGAGGAAGUGAUUUUGGUCAAAUCCGGGGGCCCCCUGGGUCUGAGCAUUGUGGGAGGCAGUGACCACGCCAGCCACCCAUUCGGCAUCAAUGAACCUGGAGUCUUUAUCUCGAAGGUGAUCCCUCAUGGCUUGGCUUGUCAGAGUGGGCUCCGUGUCGGGGACAGGAUUCUGGAAGUCAACACCAUUGACCUGCGCCACGCUACGCACCAGGAGGCAGUGCGCUCCCUGCUGGCCAACAAACAGCAGAUCCGGAUGUUGGUGCGGCGGGAUCCUUCUCCACCAGGAAUGCAGGAGGUUGUUAUUCAUAAACAGCCUGGAGAAAAGCUGGGUAUAAGUAUUCGUGGAGGAGCUAAAGGCCAUGCUGGGAAUCCCUUUGACCCAACAGAUGAAGGAAUCUUCAUCUCCAAGGUGAGCUCCACCGGUGCCGCGGCUCGAGACGGCCGCCUGGACGUGGGGAUGAGGAUUCUGGAGGUGAACAACCACAGUCUGCUGGGAAUGUCCCACACGGAGGCUGUGCGAGUUCUCCGCUCGGUGGGGGACUCCCUGGUGAUGCUGGUAUGCGACGGCUUUGACCCAGGGAAGGUGGCGGCUGUGGAGGCCUCUCCUGGAAUCAUUGCAAACCCAUUUGCUGGAGGGAUCGUCCGGAAGAACAGUCUCGAAAGCAUUUCCUCCAUAGACCGAGACCUGAGUCCUGAGGAGAUCGACAUCAUGCAGAAGGAGGUUGAGAUGGUGAGGGAGACUUCGCAGUGGGAGCGAGAGGAGAUGGAAAAAGUGGAGCGCAUGCGUUUGGAGCGAGAGGAGGCAACUCGCCUGCUUGAAGAGGAGACGGAGCAUAUUGGACCUGGGCCGCUGAAGCUCGACUACAAAACUCUGGCCGCUCUGCCCACGACCAGCUUGCAAAAGGUCAACAGGGAGUUGCAGGCUGCAGUAUCAAGGACUUUCUCCUCAGAGGCAAUUUCACAUCAAAAUACGGAGGUCUUUAGUUGUGUCCUCUCCCCGCAGUCCUCCGUCUCUCUGACUGCCCCCAUGGCGGCCCCUCUUCAGGCCCACUACUCCGCUCCUUUAGAGCCUCUGGGAUAUGACUUGAGACACUCCCUCAUUGAGCAGCAGUCCUGCACCAGCCUCAGCUCGGACCCGGAUUACCUCUUUCCUAACGGGACGUCUGCGUCUCAAAGCGAGUGCUCUAUCUCCACUUUGGACUCCUCGUGUGCUCCGGAUGAAGAGGAGUGUUUGGUGGACUCUGAGCCAAUGUGCUUCAAAGAGAACCCCUUCUUGGUGGCCAACCGCAAAAGCAAAGGCCUGCCCCCGGGUCAGCGCAUCCUGUCUGGACCUCCAGUGGGAUAUGGCAAAACAGGCCAACUGCAGCCAUGGCUACACAGCAAGGCACCAUCAGGUGAUUACUCCAGGACCGAGAGUCCAGUUAGAGAAUCCCCGUACUCGCCAACGCUCCAGCCUGCAAACGUUCAUUACACUUCCACCCCCACUGCCAAGGACAACUUUCUAUCAUCUACACGGCCGGGCGCCAUCCAGCCGGUCGGGCGCGUUCGUCAGACUACCUCCCCCGGCUCUCCGGAAGGCCACAGUCCAAACCCUUUCCAGCAUGGCCCCUCCCCAUUCAACACCCCAACCUCUCCUCGCGCCCCUUCCCCCUCAUCACCUGCCGACCUCCCCAUGACCGUCAAACAGGCAUACAAGGCUUUUGCCGCCGUUCCGCGAUCCCAGGCCGUUCUGGAGUCACCGCAGGACCUAUACGGAGUCAGGAAUAACUUUCAUCCUCAGCAGUCAUCUCCGGAGACUCCUUCUCCUGGGGGUAAGGACAGCCCUGAGCAGCGAUCCUUCCGAGACCGACAGAAGUAUUUUGAAAUAGAUAUGAAGUCUCAGACGGCAGAGAAGCCCAAACCGCGGGUCUCACUGGUGGGAGAGGACGACCUGAAGAAGAUGAGAGAGGAAGAAGAGCGAAAGUUUGAGCAGCGAGCGCGAGAGUACCUGAUGGACGAGGAGGACGAAGACGAGGAGGAGGAGGACAUGGCCAAGCAGGUGGCUCAGAUGAAGGUGACUGGGAAGGUGCUGCUGGACGGAGUGGAGUACAGCGUGGAGCCGGCGUCCUCCCCGUCUCCACACUGCGUCACGCCCACCAACUACUACGGCAGCUCAGGUCCGUCCUCCAUCGACGGAAAAGGAGACUCUCAAAGGAACUCCCUGGAUGACAGCUUCAGACUGGAGCAGAGACCGACCUCUAUGACUGGCCUGAUCCCAGUCUACCCAGGGGACUCGGCCGCUCCCAUCCGCACGGCCAAAGCAGAGCGCCGUCACCAGGACCGGCUCCGCAUGCAGAGUCCAGAGCUGGCUGUGGCCCUGGACAAAGACCUGUCUCCUGCUGAGAAACGAGCUCUGGAGGCGGAGAAGAGAGCCAUGUGGAGAGCAGCCAGGCCGUAUGAACUAGAGGAGGAUGUUAGGCAGUAUGAGCAGGACUUGGCUAAACGACUGUACCAGGCGCGUGUGAGGGCCUCUCGGGGCUCUGCUGCUCCUCCUCAGCCUCCUGCCUCCUGCUCCUCUGCAGCCUCACAGCUCAGAAUGAAGUCUUUGGAGCAGGAUGCAUUAAAAGCUCAAAUGGUUAUUGCCAAGUCUCGCGAUGGAAAGAAACGUGGCACAUUGGAUCAGCUGACGGAGUCGCCUUCUCCUGCCCCAACACCGUCUCCCACUCCUCUGGAAGACACGAGUCCACGAGGUGUGACAUCACCAGGCAGAUUGUCCCUGUCGUCAAAGAAGUUUGACUACCGACAGUUUGCUGCCAUUCCUUCUUCCAAACCCGUUUACGACAUUCAGACACCAGAAGCGGCCGACGACGCGCACCUGAACGACACCUUGCACAACACUGUUAGGCCCGAGCCCCGAACGGGGAGACUACCUGGAAUAAGCAGCAGCGUUGCGCCCGUGGCCAGUCCGGAGGCCGACAUCCUCCCGCUGCCCACCACCUCAGCCCUGGAGGAGAUGGCUCUGUACAGCAACAAGCGCAAGCUGAGGCAGGGCCGCCGCAGCCUGGAGACCGCCGUGCCCACAUAA